UCUAUAUAAGCGUUAGCAUAAUACUCGGUAGAAAACAAACACGUUAGUAGCACCACUACCAGCAAACCCCGAGAGGAGGCAGAGGCAGCUAAUGGGCUCCAUGGCCGCGGAAAUGACUGCCGUCGAGGAGGAGGCGUGCAUCUACGCCAUGCAGCUGUCUUCCACGGCUGUGCUGCCGCUCACGCUCAAGAACGCCAUCGAGCUGGGCAUGCUCGAGAUCCUGGUGGGCGCCGGCGGCAAGAUGCUGUCGCCGUCUGAGGUUGCGGCGCAGCUGCCGUCGCCGACGACCAACCCGGACGCGCCGGCCAUGGUCGACCGCAUGCUCCACCUGCUGGCAUCCUACAAGGUGGUGUCGUGCGAGGUGGAGGAAGGCACGCAUGCCCGGCGGUACGGCCCCACGGCCGUGUGCAAAUGGUUCACGCCCAACCAGGACGGCAUCUCCAUGGCCCCGCUGCUGCUUCUCACCAAUGACAAGGUCCCUAUGGAGAGCUUGUACCAUUUGAAGGACGCGGUCCUUGAUGGUGGCCUCCCAUUCCACAAGGCACAUGGGAUGACAAUGUAUGAGUACACCAAAACGGACGCGCGCCUGAACCGCGUCUUCAACGAGGCCAUGAAGAGCUACACCACCAUCGUCACCGGUAAGCUCGUCGAGCUCUACACAGGCUUCGAGGAUGUGGCCACCCUCGUGGAUGUGGGCGGCGGCAUCGGCGCCACCAUUCAGGCAAUCACCUCCAAGUACCCGCACAUCAAGGGGAUCAACUUCGACCUGGCCCACGUCAUCGCGGAGGCGCCGCAUUCACCCGGCGUGGAGCACGUCGCCGGCGACAUGUUCAAGAACGUGCCCAGCGGCGAUGCCAUCGUCCUCAAGUGGAUCCUCCACAACUGGACCGACGAGCACUGCACGACCCUGCUAAGGAACUGCUACGACGCGCUGCCUGCGCACGGCAAGGUUGUCGUCGUCGAAGGCAUCCUGCCGGUCAAACCAGAGGCGACGUCCAGGGGGCAGCAGGCGUCCCUCAGCGACAUGAUCAUGCUCACGCACACGGCGGGCGGCAAGGAGAGGAACCAAAGGGAGUUCGAGGAGCUUGCAAAGGCCGCGGGGUUCACCGGUGUUAAGACCGCCUACAUCUACAGCAACACCUGGGUCAUUGAAUUCACGAAAUAGCUAGAUCCGUCGUCUCAUAUCUCUUCUCGAUUGUUGUUGCUCUCCAAAUCUGCAUGAUCCUGAAUGGCGUAUAAUAAACGGAUAAUAAACGGAUUUGCUAAAUUUCAGUCCA